AUGCCUUCAAUCAAGAGAUCUGCCCUAUGGUGGGAAAAUGCACACCAGAAACUACCAAUAUGGUGUAGAGGCUUACAACCCCUAAUUCUUCAGCAGGCAGCUUGGAUGCCCCCAAAAGCCGCAUACAAAAAGGUGUUCAAGGGUUGCCCUUUUCGUCGGGAGCUUGGCAAAAGAGAGAAUCAAGCACUUCUCGCCCAGCUGGCAGAAGAUAACAAGUUGCCAAUGACUGUUGCCACUAGUCACAAGACUUUCCGUCCAUUCAAAGAGUUGGCGACUGAGAAGGGUAAAGCUACUGGUGAAGGUUCAGGGUUUGCUGGGCCUAAAGUUCUGAUUUUUGUUCAGAGGAAGCGAAAUUUAGUGAAGACAGCGCCCUCUCCUUCUCUUGUUGCCAAGGUUACUAGCCCUUCAAAGACUAGCAAGCUCGAUUCUAUUGUACCUCUUUCUCCUACCUCUUCAGGCAGAGUUGAAAAACUGGGUGCCAGAAAGAGGUCCUUACUUGAGGAGUCUUUUCCUUGCCCUCCACUAGCUUUAGUGCUACCUCCAAGCCCAAAUCCUAAUGCUGGGGAAGUUCUUCAAGGAGGAGCUAGAGCAGGAGAAGUGAAGCCUCCUUCUGAAGGAGCUCGAGCAGGGACUUCUACUUCAAUAAAUGUUCCUCGUACUAAGCCACAGUUGCAAGAUGAAGUUGCAUGCCUACUAGUCUCGGGCUUAUUUGAUAGAUUGAGGGGGUUCUUUCCAAACAGUACUCCUCAGCCUCAAGAACCAGUUGGGGAAGAUGGAGAGCAUGCUACUGAUGUUGUUAAUCCUGAGUUGUCUUGCAAUAGUAAUGUAUUUAUGGUUCAAGUUCGUGAAGAGCCAGAACCUGUUGAUGCCCCCCAGCCUCAAGGAUGCGAACCUGAAACUGCUGCACCAACACCUCCCCCAGAAACCUCCUCUGUGCCCAUGGAAGGGGUGGAGGCCAAUGUGCCUAGGUAUGAAAAUGUUGUCAAUGCCUUUAUGUCCAAGGAAAAAGGAAAGGUUGUAAUGGAAGGAUGGUUGCUGCUGUCAUUGGAUGAGAAGAUCAGCGAAAGACAAUGUACUAAGGUCUUAAGAGCCCUAGAUGAUCCAAGCUUUGCAGCAUCAUUUGAGAGUGCCUGA